AUGUCAAAUUUUCAGCCGAGAAACAAUAAAUCGAGCCUCGAAAAAUAUAAAGACCUUGACGUAGGCACUUUUGAUCAGAUUCUAGACAUGGACGAUGAGGAUCCAGAUCGGGAGUUCAGCCGAAGUAUAGUUUAUGGUUUCUUCGAGCAGGCAGAAGCCACGUUCGUCAAAAUGGAAUCGGCCAUAUCUGCCGAAGACCUUGCUGAGCUGUCUCAACUAGGCCACUUUCUCAAGGGGUCCUCGGCCACCUUGGGCCUGACCAAGGUCAAAGACGCUUGUGAGAAGAUUCAGAACUACGGCCAGCAAAAGGACGAGUCCGGCAACCAUCCCGAACCAGAUAAAAGCAGGUCACUGGCCAACAUCAAGAAGGCCCUGGCAGACGCGAAGCACGAUUAUUAUGAUGUCGUUAACAUUCUUAAAUCGUUUUAUGGUGAUGAAAAGACUGCAUAA